AUGGAUUUGGCAUCCCGUUAUAAGGGGGUUGUUGGGCUGGUUUUUGGUGACAAUCCAUCUUCAAAUGAAGACAGUUACAUUCAACGCCUGCUGGAUCGUAUAAGUAAUGGUACCUUGCCUGACGAUAGGAGAACUGCUAUACUAGAACUUCAGUCUGUGGUAGCAGAAAGUAAUGCUGCUCAAUUAGCUUUUGGAGCAUCUGGAUUUCCUGUGAUAUUGGGCAUCCUAAAGGAGCAACGAGAUGAUGUUGAAAUGGUUCGAGGUGCCUUAGAAACUCUUCUUGGCGCUCUAACGCCAAUUGAUCAUGCAAGGGCACAGAAGGCUGAAGUCCAUGCAGCUCCUAUGAACUCCGACUUGCUAUCCCGUGAAGCUGAAAAUAUCACUCUUCUUCUGAGUUUGCUGGAGGAAGAAGAUUUUUAUGUUCGAUAUUACACUCUUCAGAUAUUGACAGCUCUUCUUAUGAACUCUCAAAACAGGUUGCAGGAAGCUAUUUUGACCACUCCUCGCGGUAUAACUCGACUCAUGGAUAUGCUAAUGGAUAGGGAGGUAAUCCGGAAUGAGGCUUUAUUGCUUCUUACGCACUUGACACGUGAAGCAGAGGAGAUCCAAAAAAUUGUUGUCUUUGAAGGUGCGUUUGAAAAGAUUUUUAGCAUCAUAAGGGAGGAAGGGGGUUCAGAUGGCGAUGUGGUUGUGCAGGACUGUUUGGAGUUGUUGAACAAUCUUCUACGCAGCAGUUCUUCAAAUCAGAUACUCUUAAGGGAGACCAUGGGUUUUGAACCGAUAAUUUCAAUUCUAAAACUGCGAGGGAUUACAUAUAAGUUCACCCAGCAAAAGACUGUUAAUUUACUUAGUGCGCUGGAGACGAUCAAUAUGCUGAUCAUGGGUGGUGCAGACACGGAUCCUGGGAAAGAUUCAAACAAGCUGGCAAAUAGAACCGUUUUAGUUCAGAAAAAACUGCUGGGCCACCUAAUGAUGCUGGGUGUUGAAAGCCAAUGGGCACCUGUCGCUGUUCGUUGCAUGACAUUUAAAUGCAUUGGAGAUCUGGUUGAUGGUCAUCCCAAGAAUCGUGACAUCCUUGCUAGCAAAGUUCUUGGUGAAGAUCGGCAAGUAGAACCUGCACUCAAUUCUAUCCUCCGGAUCAUUUUACAGACUUCUAGUAUUCAAGAGUUUGUUGCAGCUGAUUAUGUUUUCAAGACCUUCUGUGAGAAAAAUCGGGAGGGUCAGACAAUGCUAGCUUCGACUUUAAUACCCCAGCCACACCCCACCGUCCGAGAUCCUCUAGAAGAUGAUGUUAACAUGUCGUUUGGAAGUAUGCUGUUACGAGGUCUUUGUUCUGGUGAAGCUGAUGGUGAUCUUGAGACUUGUUGCAGAGCUGCAAGCAUCCUUUCUCAUGUUUUGAAGGACAACAUUCAGUGCAAGGAAAAGGCUUUGAAAAUCGUACUUGAGUCACCUAUGCCUUCCAUGGGAACUCCAGAGCCUCUCUUUCAGAGGAUUGUCAGAUACCUGGCCGUUGCUUCUUCCAUGAAAAGCAAAGAUAAAUCAAGCACAUUGGGGAAAUCAUACAUUCAACAGAUCAUUUUAAAGCUGCUUGUGACAUGGACUGUUGAUUGCCCGGCUGCAGUUCAGUGCUUUUUAGAUUCACGUCACCACCUAACUUAUCUGCUCGAGCUGGUAGCAGACCCAGCUGCAACAGUUUGCAUAAGGGGCUUGGCGUCUAUUCUACUGGGAGAAUGCGUCAUCUACAAUAAAUCAAACGAGAAUGGGAAAGAUGCUUUUGCUGUAGUUGAUGCUGUGAGCCAGAAGAUGGGGCUCACAUCAUACUUCUCGAAGUUUGAAGAGAUGCAGAGCAGCUUCAUCUUCUCGUCCUCCAAGAAACCUCCGCAGGAUCAUAAACCGUUAGCAAGAACAGCUACGCCUAGUGAAGCUGAGAUUGAGGAUGUUGAUGAGGCAGGUGCAAUGGAUAAGGGGAAUGAGGAUCACCCAAUGCUCCUGUCGUUGUUUGAUCCUAGUUUCAUAGGCUUAGUGAAGAGCCUGGAUGGUAACAUCAGAGAGAGAAUCGUGGACGUGUAUAGUCGGCCAAAAAGUGAGGUGGCUGUAGUACCAGCGGAUUUGGAACAGAGGAGCGGAGAAAAUGAGAAAGACUACAUCAACCGCUUGAAAGCCUUUAUAGAGAAACAAUGCUCGGAGAUUCAGAACCUUCUUGCUCGGAACGCUGCCUUGGCAGAAGAUGUAGCCAGCUCUGGCAGGAAUGAGCACUCUCAAGGAUCAGAGCAAAGAGCAAGUACAGUAAUGGAGAAGGUUCAGAUGGAAAGCAUCAGGCGAGAACUCCAAGAAUCGUCUCAGCGUUUAGAGACAGUUAAAGCCGAAAAAGCCAAGAUCGAAUCUGAAGCAUCUAGUUACAAGAACAUUGCUGGGAAACUUGAAUCAGACCUAAAAAGCCUAUCGGACGCAUACAACAGUCUAGAACAGGCAAAUUACCAUCUUGAGCAGGAAAUUAAAUCCUUGAAAGGAGGAGAAGAUCCCAUGGAGUUUCCUGAUAUAGAAGCGAUUAAGGAAGAAGUGAGAAAGGAAGCUCAGAAAGAGAGCGAAGACGAGUUAAAUGACUUGUUGGUAUGUUUGGGUCAAGAGGAGAGCAAAGUGGAGAAACUAACUGCGAGGCUGAUAGAAUUGGGAGUUGAUGUCGAUAAACUCUUGGAGGAUAUCGGGGACGAGUCAGAAGCUCAAGGAGAAUCUGAAGAAGACGACCAUUAA